AUGGCGAAGGCCCAGGGAUUGGAGGGUCUGGUCCUCCGCCGCGCCCUUCUCUCGAGGCUACUCCUCCUAACCCUCAUCCUUCUCUGGCGUCUCCUCUUCCGCCCGUACGACACCUCCGCCUCCCUCAAUCCUAGUUGUCUCUCCUCCGCCACCGCCGGCGGCCGAUUGGUGCCGUCCGGUCCCAUUCUAUGGCCACGGAUCGGGGCGGCCAUCGAGGCGAGCGUCGUCUGGGACGGCGUCUACUUCGUCCGCAUCGCCGAGUGCGGGUACGAGUACGAGCAGACCUAUGCCUUCUUCCCUCUCCUCCCCCUCUGCAUCUCCCUCCUCUCCCGAUUUGUUUUUGCUCCGUUGGUACCGAUGAUUGGGUACAGGCCUGUCUUGGCUUUGUCGGGGUAUGUGCUGAAUAAUAUCGCAUUUUUGUUCGCUGCGGUUUAUUUCUACAGAUUGUCAGUUUUGAUUUUAAAAGACCCAGCAGCUGCUUUUCGUGCAUCUAUUUUGUUUUGCUUCAAUCCAGCUUCAGUGUUCUACUCAUCAAUAUACACAGAGAGUUUGUAUGCACUAUGUUCACUUGGAGGACUAUACUACUUAUUUUCUGGUGCAAAUACUGUAGCUAUGCUCCUGCUUGCUCUAUCUGGUUCAGCUAGGUCAAAUGGAGCGCUUAAUGCUGGUUAUUUCUGUUUUCAGGCAAUGCAACAUGCUUAUAAUGCCAUCAUCCAAAAGAAAAGGCCCAUAUUGGCAGUGCAUGCUAUUAUUGGUGGUGUGGCACGCUCUAUUUGUGUAUUUGUGCCAUUUCUUGCUUUCCAAGCAUAUGGAUAUUCCAACAUUUGUCUAGGUGGCAUUUCUUAUGAGUUGAGGCCUUGGUGUAAAGCAAGAAUCCCAAAUUUGUAUGGUUUUCUUCAAAGUCACUACUGGGGUGUUGGUUUCUUGCGGUAUUUUCAAGUGAAACAAUUGCCAAACUUUCUUCUUGCAUCUCCAAUAUUAUCUCUAGCAAUUUGGUCAAUUAUUCAUUAUGCAAACAAGCUGCUUCAAGUUGUUCAAUCAUUAAAUAUGCAUGAUUACAACAGUUUUGCUGCUUUGCUGAGUUUGCUUGGAACAAAUGAAAUUUCAGAAGCUGUUGGUGCUUCAAAAAACAGCUCAUCUUCUAAAAGUUCCCAAGAUCAUACGGUUAGACGUAGGAAACAAGAGAGAAAAGACAAAAGCACCGAGUCGUUCCAACAUAUCAGGUUGACCGACCAUGCUCUUCUUCAAUCACCACAAGGAUACCCUUCCGUCUUAGUUCUUCCUUUCAUUUUACAUCUGGCAUUCAUGACAUUCACAGCUCUCUUCGUGAUGCAUGUGCAGGUCUCAACCCGCUUCUUAUCUGCGAGCCCUCCCAUUUAUUGGUUUGCUUCCUGUAUACUCGUCUCUCCCAGCAGCACAUCUAGAAGAUGGGGUUAUCUGAUCUGGGUUUAUUUUAUCACCUUCAUUCUUCUUGGCAGUCUGCUCUUCUCCAACUUCUACCCGUUCACAUGAAAAGCAGGAUCAGAUGUUCUCCUACUAUUAUUCUUGUCUACCCUUUUCUUUGUUUUUUUCUCUGUAUAUUUAUCGAGGAAAACAAAAAAAAAAGGAAUUUUGGAAGAUAGCUAAUCCAUCUACUCAACUUGGUUCGGUUGUCCCCUUUUUGUUAUAUUUUUAUUUUCUCUGUCUGGUCUGAGUUUUACUCGAUAUGCAGACCAGAGUUAUCUGAUUGUUACUUUUUACGUAAAUUAUCUACUGGUGAAGAUAAUUCAACUUUGUAUUUUCUGGUAGAUAUUUUGCUUUGGAAAAUUGAGCGAUGAGCUCGUUUUGGGACUGUUUGGUACUGCUAUGUGACCCACAGUUUUGGCCCUUGCCAGAUGGACAAUCAUGGCAUCUUAUGUUGGAAUAGAAGCAGCUUGCUACUUUUAGAAGAAAAAGUUUUAGAGUAUCGAACCACAUGGACAUCGAUGGAUGAGCUAGAAUGAAGGAGAUUUCGAGAAUCUUCUGUUAGCAGCUCGACACGGUGAUGUAACUGAAACUAUUAUGAGGUUAACCCCUCUGAAAAACUUAUAUUUAAUGCUUGAUGGUCUGUUUGGUUGUCA